AAUUAGCCGUUAAGGAAGCGGAAAUUAACCAAUUAACCCAAGAGAUUGCCGCAAAAAACGAAACAAUUACUAGUUUGAGAAAACGUAUUGAGGAUUUGACUAGUCGUAAAGUUAAAAAAGACCAGAAAGAGCAGGCCGCAAUAAUUAUUAGCCUGGGAAAGCAAAUAGAAGUCCAAAAAGAACAAAUAACCGAAGCGGAAAAUCACAGAGAGCGGGCCGCAAGAGAAAAACAAGCCUUAGCAGAGGAAGUAGAAAAUUUACGGCAACAAAGCGAAGAAUUAAUUAAACUAGUGGAAAAAGAUUUCCAAACAUUUUCGGAGCAAUUAACCGGUUUACAAGCAAUUAGCCGAAAGUACGAAGAAAUGCUGGCUUGUUUGGGGGGAGAAAUCCCAACACUCUUCGAUAUUAAAAAGAUCAGCGGAAUAGGGAGUUUACAAGAUUUAAUUGACGAAGUGGAAAAAUUAAGAAGUGAAGUAAGCGAAUUAACUGAAAGCCAAGAACCGACCGGAGAAAGAAGUUUGGCUGAUGAAUUAAGCACGGCUUCGCAGUUAACAGAAGAAUCAAUAAAAGCCAAGCUUAGCACAGGUUUUUUAAAAGCAACGGAGGAAAUAGUCGAAUUAACUGGUGCAGAAAUAGCAACCGCAAAGAAAAAAACAGAAGAUUUAGAAAAGGAUUUGAAAGAAUUUGCUGACCGAACUGGUUAUUCGUUAGAAGCAUUAAAAUACCUAAGCUUUACGGAAAAUUAUUCACUUAGGCAACUUAUUGAUAGCCACGCUGCGGGAUGGCAACUAAUAGAAACACAAAUGGACCCAACCGGGAAAUUGUUUCCGGAAUUUGGUGAAAGUCGCAGAAAAAAAAUUUAUGAAAAAGCUGCGGAAAAGUUAAAAAAAUUUCCCCAACUAGAAGAAGCAUUUGUGAAAAUGGAGAAAAUUUUUCGAGAUUUCAUAGAACAAGUGAUAGAAAAAGCCGAUAUAGAACUAAAUGAGCAAACUUAUGAUAGAAAUGAAAACCAGACGAACUUAGACACUCACCAAAGAGUUUGCGAUGCAAUCUUGGGAAAAUUGGAAGCAAAAUUAAGGGAAAAAUCUGGCAGUCAGGAAAACGGAGAAAAGCAAUUAGAAAAACUAAAAGAAAAUAAUGCUGAUUUGCAAAAAACGAACCAACUACUCAAAUGGACUACCGGAAUUGGUGCACUAGUUUCCUUAAAUACACCGUUUGCCUUGACCUAUAUUUAUGGUAUUGGUCGGUCGCGAGCCAAGGAAAUAGUUGCCAAACUUAAAAUUUCCCCCCAAAAAAAAGCGGGUAGUUUGACCGAUGAAGAGGUUAAAUUAAUUAACGAAGAAAUUAAACAUUUUCCCGUCGAAGGAGAAUUAAGACGCAUUAACCAAGAAAUAGUUAAUGAGGACGCUCGUCUGGGCUCUUAUCGGGGUCUACGUCGUUUUAAAUUGCCGGUUAACGGACAACGAACUCGGCAUAAUGCUCGCACUUGUAAGGGACCGGUUCGCAAAACGAUAGCCAAUAAAAAGAAAGCCCCCCGACCGAAAUAA